AUGGAGGCUCUGACUGGAGCACGCGGUCUAUUUGCUAUUUAUGUUGUUACUUAUCACUUCUUUGGUAAGAUACUAAACGAAAGAUGUGACUUUCGAGACGGUGCCUUUCCGACCUCGUUCCUCGCGCGGCGAUUGUGUGCUCACGGAUUCGUGGCCGUGACCUUCUUUUUUCAGCUGAGUGGCUUUGUAAACACAAUCGUAAAUGAGACUCGUAUUGUUGACUAUACCAAUCAUAAGUGGCAGCAUCGUUUUUGGCACCGUCGCUUUGCCCGCCUGGGACCAGUCUAUGUCUUGAUGUUACUAUGCUCUCUGCCGCCUCUGUUGGUAGCGUGGCAAUCGAUUGAUGUACCCCCAUUCGAAACAGAACUUGUUCGUGUCGUCGCUUGCAUUGCCACAACAAUGGGUGUGCAAAGCUGGGACUUCUUUGUACCACUGUGGCGGCUCUGGAACUACCCGGCGUGGGCUGUGAGCUGCGAGCUUGCAUUCUACCUUGCAUUCCCAUUUUUAGUGCAAGGCGUCAAGUCUGUAGUACUCACAACCGCAGGGUUCUUCGACCAACGCCAGAUCAGCUGGCACGUGACUGUUCUUCUUCUUGGACUUUGCACUCUCGGACAAGUAAUUACCUGGUACUCGCUUCAGUUUGCCUUGGAGUCGUCGACGGGGCUGUCACCCCCCGUUGCGGGGGACAUUGCCUAUACGUUUCCUCCUGUGCGCGUCUUUGAGUUCAUCCAAGGUAUUCUACUGGGCGUUGCUGCCACACAGCCCGCUAACUUGGCUCUCCUCAACCGAAAAGGUUUACAAGAUAUCAGCGAAAAUGGGCACUGGUGCGGUAGACGAGUUUGGCAAAGGAGCUCUUUAGAUGACUUGCAUGAGCAUCGCAUUGCCAUGCUUUCAGAUGCUGCAUCUAUGGCCAACUUCAGAGUUGGCUCGAAUGUAUAUGCCUUUCCUACGGCCUGCUUCAUCUACUCCGCUGCUCACGACGCUGGUUUUUUCUGUCGCCUUCUUCGAGCCAAUCUACUUCAUCGCAUCGGGGAAUGGAGUUACUGUAUCUAUCUGUCUCAAGGUCCUGUUAUGCUUGGUCUCCUCUGGGCCCUCAAUCCAGGUCGUGUUAGUGAGAUUUACAACAUGGUUUCUCAUAACCUGGUAGCGAGAUAUGGCCAUAUGCCUCUAUCAUGUUCAUCGUUGUUCAUCGCCGUCCUGGUUCAGCACCUUCGAAGCAGCGAGCUGCAAAGGGUCGCAAAUGGGGCGAGGUGCCUCAUCCAUCCUCCUCCGACGUAG